AUGAGCCCAAACGUAAAAUCGAAUCUUCGAGUGGCUUCUGCGUCGGGGUCUGUUACAGACCGUCGUCAUGCUUUUGCCGAUCUGGCCAAGAAUGAAGAUGUUCAUUUCAUCGUUGGUGAUUGGAUGUCAGAGUAUAACAUGACCACUAGAGGAGGUGGUAAAGUGGACAGCAAUGGCGGUUCGGAAGAAUUCGAAACUUCGUUCACAGAAGCAUUUCUGCCUGCUCUACCUUAUCUGGAGUCCAAAAAUAUCAAGGUCGCGGUGAACGCUGGCGCAAGUGACACCAAGAAGCUCUAUGACCUAGUGGUCAGGGAGAUUCGGGCGCGGGAGCUAAAUCUAAAUGUUGCUUGGGUCGGGGGUGACGAAAUCUUUGACGUUGUGAAGAAAGCGGCAGCUGAUGGCUCAGAUUUUAGGAGCUUGACUACUGGAAAAUUGCUAUCCGAGUGGGAGUGCGAUCCAAUAUAUGCUCAAUGCUACCUUGGGGGAUUUGGAAUCGCCGAAGCCUUCAAAAGAGGAGCAAAUAUCGUACUUUGCGGUCGCGUCGCAGACGCCUCGCCAACGAUUGGUUGUGCUGCCUACUAUUUCGGCUGGAAAAGAGAGGAAUUCGACAAGCUCGCUCACGCAUUUGUUGCAGGGCAUUUCAUCGAGUGCUCAACAUAUGUCACCGGUGGCAACUUCUCGGGCUUCAAAAGUCUUCCGUCGCCGGCAUUGAGUCUUGGUUUCCCGAUUGUGGAGAUGGAGGCGAGCGGCGAAUUCGAGGUUACUAUGCAACAGGAUCGGGACGGAAUUGUAACCGUGGAGACCUGCAAAGCUCAGUUGCUAUACGAAAUACAAGGACCGUACUAUUACAAUUCUGACGUUGUAGCUAUCUUGGAUAAGAUAAAAAUUAAACAGGUUGGUACAAAUCGAGUGCGCGUCACGAACGUUGGUAGUAUCAAGCCUCCACCGACUACUAAAGUUGGUCUCACGGCGAAGGGAGGCUUCCAGGCGGAAGCCCAUUACUUCGUGUGCGGCCUUGACAUCGAGGAAAAGGCUGCGAUGCUAGAAAGCCAAGUACGGGUAGCGCUUGAUGAAACGAAAUAUCACUGCCUCAAGUUUCGCGUCAAUGGGCGCUGCCCAGAAGAUCCGUAUACACAGGAUGCGGCUACCGUCGAUGUCCGCAUUUUUGCACAGUCUCGGGACGAAUCUGCCCUCUCUAUCAAUAAUUUCUUCCGUCCAGUCACGGACACCAUCAUGCAGAGUUACCCAGGCGCCACCUUUGCCGUUGAUGCGAGGCAAGCAAUUGCGAAGCCAUACUACGAAUAUUGGGUAACUCUGUUGCCACAGAGUAGUGUGAAGCAUGUCUGUUAUAUACCAUCCAAAGGCCUGGAAAUAUCGAUUCCCCCACCGACUGACACUCAGGAUUUCCUUUACGAGCAGGAAACAUAUGAGACUAAUGCGCCAAUCGAUCUUACUGCACUCAACCCUACAACAAGGGCCCCUCUCGGAAACGUCGUGCACGCUCGAUCAGGAGAUAAGGGCUCAGACUGCAACGUGGGAUUCUUUGUCCGCAAUGCAGAUGAAUGGGACUGGCUACGAAGUUUGUUGACGGUUGAAAAAGUACGGACCCUGCUUGGAGGGGACGACACGGGAAAGCCAAUCUUCCGCUUCGAGCUACCGAAUAUCUGGGCGGUGCAUUUCCUACUAAAAGAUCAUCUUGACAGAGGUGUCGCCUCCAGUUCUACCUACGAUGUGCUCGGUAAGAACCUUGCGGAAUACUUAAGGAGUAAGUGGGUUGAUAUACCGAACAAGUUUCUGGAUCGUGGAAGGAUAUAA